CUUAGUAAUGGUUACACGUAGCAUUAAUUGGUACCAGUUUUAUUAAUGGUACGAGUACUACUGAUUUGGUACCAGUCUUAUUAAUGGUUAUCAGUGGCAUGAAUUUGGCAUCAAUACUAUUGAUUUGUUAAUAGUAUCAUUGAUUUGGUACUAGUGAAGAGAUAUUUCUAUAGGCAGUGGAGAAGGUACUGAAUUUUCACAAUCAAACACCAAACCAAUUGUUCCAAUGUAAGCAACAGUACUUUACCCAAGAUCAAAUUAAAGACAAGAAAUACCCAUCAACUUCUUCAUACUUGGAAACGUACAUGAAGUAAUUAUGCUACUCUUUAAAUCCAACACACAACCUAGCCCAACCUAGCCCAACCUUCUUCUCAUCCGAAAUACCGGCCUCCAUAAUCUCGAUGAUUGAAGUAGGACUGCACUUCUUCUUGAAGGUGCUUUGACUUGACGCUACAGUCUGUUGCUUCUUCUUCUUGUUGCGACUCUUUGUUUCCUCAUCACGUGGUCGUUUUUUACUAGGCCCAACACUCGAAUCACUUGAGUCCCCCAAGCGUAUUGCUACCUGUCGAGAUGCACAACCAUCAGGUUGUGUGUUAUCCCGGAUGAUAUAGCUGAGAUCUUUGUUCUGCCAUUCCUGCAACAACAACAAAAAAUGCUUGGUACGAAUUUUUACUCAAAACUUCAAGAGGGUUAUCUUGUCACAGAGAUCCACACUUCUAAUAUGAUAUCACUACACAAGUACUGCUACUACUACUACUAGCAAUGUAGAAUGUUACUGUACAAUACUACUACUAACAAUCUAGAAUGUUAUUGGUACCAAUCAGUAUGUAAUGGUUACUCUUCAGUGGUACUACUACAAAUCAAUUGGUACCAGUCCCACUACAGAUAGAACAAGUUGUGUCAUUCCAUUAAACUACCACUAUUAGCAUACCACUGUCAUUGGUACCAGUAACACAAUUACCAUUACAACGGAUACCAAUAGAAAACUACCAUUCAAUCAUACCGAAACGAAUACAACGGUACCUGAAGCCCCCAUAAGUGGUACUUGUACCAAUAAGUGUGUACUUUUAUCAAUUCAUUGUUACCGGUACAAAUCAAUUGGUAUUACUAUCACUACAUCUAGAACAAGUUAUACCAUUCCAUUAAACCACCACUAUUAGCAUAUCAAUGUUAUGGGUACCAGUAACACAACUACCACUAGCACUAUACGAAUUUAAGACUACCAAUGGAUCAUACCAACACCAAACAAACACACCACACAAGAAAGACAGGCCUGCAUGUGGCUUAUUCCAACGUUGCAUUCGGAAAACAAAAGCAGUAGUGUAAAGAAACCUCACCGACGAUUGUUUGCACGACCGCAGAAACGAACGACGGCGAAAAGAUGUUCGCCUAUGCACUUAACCAAAAGGAGAAAAAAACUAGUUAGGAUAACCAGAAGUGAAUAGAAAAAGAUGAAGAAGUGGAGAGGAGCGAUAGAGCCGACGAAUCGGGGCGGGAAAGCAAGCAUAAAAGGAGACUAAAUGAAAAUCACAUAGUAAAAGUUUUGAUUUUACCUGAAUUACCUAUGCUCUGAAAAGUUUUGACAGUUGAUACACAGUCGUUAUUCAUCAGCAGAAAAUGCAUUUUUCUGGUGAAGUUCUGGGUACGCGCUCUAUAUUCAUGUACUUCUCCUAGACUGUUCUAUUAAUGAGGAAAGAUCAGACAAUUGUUGAUCUUUUUUUCUCUCCCCUUCAGCUUCUUCUCGUGGAUCUGGAAAACUCCCUCAGCUAAAUGCCAUCAACUCCAAGAUGGGAUGUUGCAAAUGGUGCUGGUGUCAUAGUAAGUGUGGUGAGGAAGUUGCUCAAUACGAGACUGUAACAUUACCUGUCCUGCAGCUUCUGUCCCUGCUCUCUUACUCCCUCCUCCAACUUCAGCUUUGGAUGAGCACUUGGUUGCUGGGUUGUUUCACAGGUGGUGAAUUUAGUGAUCACAUUGUUCAUUUAGUUUCAGGAAACUUACUUGUUCCUGCACCUUCACAUUGAUUACAUAAUGCGUUACUCUUGCUUGGAUUGGAUAUUAUGCUAUUGAGACUCUCAGUUCAGCACAAAUAAUGCUUCUUGGACUUUUAGAAGCACCUUCAUCAUGGACUCCUGUUACACUCCAUGCUGCAGUGCAGCUCGUGGAAGUCCUCUGAGCGUCCGAAGAUUAUGCAACUGGCAUCCUAGUGCGUCAUCAUUAUACAUUGCAAACUAUUCAUUUCCCAGAUGAAAACACGCCUUACUCAAAUGUCAGAUGCUCUUGGGCUACGGACAAUCGGACAUUAUCAAUUUGCUAAUGAACCUUGGAUCUCAUAUUUGUUUUAUUUUUUCACAACAUCUUGGAAAUGCGGCUUCCCAGAAAACUGGAUGCAUUUGCAUUUCUUACGUGCAAUAGGGGCUGCAUGUCGACGUGACCUGGUGUUGCUUGCCGAUGCUGCGGCUACCAUACUCUUCCGUAUACCAUUGAUCUUCCCGCCUCUGAGGCAAGUCAAUUGGAUUUUAGUUCAGCAUGAACCUUUUGGUGAAUACAUCUCAACAAACCGAAAGCAGAAAAAAUGUGAGCAUCAGGCUGUUGUUUCUUUCAAUUGUAAUAGCCUUAUUGAACAUGACCUUGACCUGCAAAAAUUAAUCCAUGACCAAAUAGUAGUGCCAGCAGCCAAAGCAACAAUCGAAGCUACCGCCCUGGUGAUCGCAUUCGCAUACAUGCUGUGUGCACAUGGUCCUGAAGUAGAGUGGAGAAUCUGCACAUGAAUAUUGUUACUGAAAGGAAAAUAUCUGAAGAUGUUUGACCAACUUUACAUCCUCAUGUUGCUCAUAUCCAUCUGGUGUAAUGUUUGAGCUUUCUCCAACCUUCCUAUGAACGCAAACCUCCAGGCUUGCCAUCAAAACGCUUCUUGCAGUGUACUUGUGCACUGACCCUCGUCCAUUCUAAUUGUUGCAAAAUGCUUCCAAAUCUUUACUUAGUUCAGGAGAUAAAUCGAUCACCGACCAUAUUUUAUAACCUAAAUUCAAAAAAAGUAAAAGAUCAUAUAAAAGACAAACCCAUAUUGUAUUUCCAAACGGAUGAAUUAUCAUUGCAGAGGGAACAACAACUAAGGUCUUCAGUAAGGACAGAGUAGCAGCACAAAGGGGGGAUUACUUUCCUGCUGGAUGAACUUUCUCUUGCUGAUAUCGUUUUUGAGUGAAAUUAACAACUGAAACAGUAUAUUUAUAUUGAACUCAAACAAUGAAUGGCAUUCCAAUUGAAAAGAGAAAGAAUAACAUUGGAUUAAAGAAUCUGGACCUCACAAUAAACAAAGGGAAUCUGGACGCUUGAGUCUCUGGGACUAGAAGUGAAAGACACAUUCGUAGGAAGAAAUAGUUUGAGUGAAA